AUGGAUGUAAUAAGCGCCAUUAGUGGGGUGUCACAGCUCGUCCAGUUGGCCGGGUCUCUCGCAAAGGGCUUGAGUCGCUUCAUCAUAAAGACUAAAUACAUCCAUGAUACCAUCCGGGAGGUACACGAUGAGAUAUCCGACCUGCGAUCAGUUGUAAGCGACAUAGAAAACAUAUUAGAGAAGCGACCGAAGCUGCUACCCUUCGAACGUGAUCACCACGAAAAAAUCCAUCGAAUUAUCCAGUCAUGCCACACCUCGUUAAAGACGCUCGCCGAUGAGCUUCCGGAUCUCAAAGACAAGCCAUACCCUCUCGAGCGAAUACGGCUAACUAUUGAAAAAUGUCUACAAGACGAGCGUAUCAAGGAUUUGAUCCAGCACAUUAGCUCGUAUAAGGCCGUCCUGCAACUAAGCCUGACGACAAUCUCGUUAGGUGCAAUAUGGGAAACGACGAGGUCUCAGAAGCAAAUCGAAAACGAGAUCCGAAAACUGACUGACGCUAUCCGGAUGUCUCCGUAUCUCUCUUCAGGUCGUAUAAAGAAAGGACACCCUCCAUCAAUACACCUACACAGCGCUGGGUCCGAAGCUGGAGAGGAUGUUCUGGAGGAGAGCUCGCUAGAAAAAGAAAUCCGCGACUGGCGUAUGACAGCCGACGAUAUAGCGGUUGCAGUGUCUCUCAAUGAUUUCGAUGGUGCAUCUGUUGACUCGGGCUCCGUCCCUCCGAAAUCAUUGAUGAGUGUCGAAACAUUACCACUGUAUGAGGAAGACACGUAUGACCCGGAACCAGAGUAUGAGGAUGUGCCCAAUAACAAGAUUCUCGAGUGUCAACUUGACGCAAACCAAGAAAUCGUACAAUACUUGAUGAAAUGCGGCCUCUUUGUCAAAGCUGCCUCGUAUCAGCAGCGAGGCAUCAAACUCAUGGAACAGUUACUGGGAAUCCAAACACCGGCCGAGUCUGAUGACCAAGUCCCAGCCAGAUCCGAUUUGAACCAUGUUUCGACCGAAAACCUCACGGACAUGAAAGAGGAACUAGCAGACAUCUUCUUGCAAUCUGAAAGCGACGAGACUGACCUAGAAGCUAAAAUUGUGCUAAGGAAUCUGCUUGACGAGGAAGUCAAACGGGAAGCAGAUCAGAUAAACGACGACCGGCGAGCCAGAUUAUAUCACAAAUUAGGAAAUAUCUUCUUCAGGCAAGGCAAUACCGUGCAAGCGCGAAAAUUCCUAACCCGUGCUCUCGAAGGCCGGCAGAAAAUGAAUCCCGUACCAAGUAAGCUUGUUGAAGAGUCAGCAGAAAUGCUUGUUCAGGUUCUGCAGGAAACCCAGGCACUUGACGAGGCGCGCGGACUCCGCGAGUGGAUUAGGCUGGAGUUGCAUACAAAUGCUACGCUCCCGUCGCCACCAACUGUGUCGCGAGAUAACAGUAUCGACCUAACCUGCGCCUAUCAAUGGUGUAAAGAGCAAGGCAUGAAUGUAGAUGAUGAAUCAUUCAGAUUUGGUUCCUAUGAUCCAGCAAUAAAGACGAUGCCAAUACAUCGGGCAACCCAGAAAGAGAACAUUGAAAUACUGAGUCAUAUGCUGUCAAACGAGGCACAUGCUGUAGAGCAGCGCGAUCUAUCAGGAUCAACAUUGCUGCAUGUAGCGGCUGGGACGCGAAAUCGAGAUUCAUGUGCCUUGCUGCUUGAACAUCACGCUGACCCUGACGUCGUGGAUCGGAAUGGUGCGACGCCGUUGCAUCGGUGCCAGGCAGGCCAGGGAGGUGUACGAGUUGCCGAAAUGCUCCUCAAAUAUUGUCCCAGUCUUAUUGACCGUCCUGACGGUCUUGGUAAAACUGCGCUCUACCUAGCAUGCGAGAAAGGGAACGAGGAUAUGGUUAAGAUGCUAUUAUCAACUGGUAAAGCCAAGCCUAAUAUCUCGGGGCCAGGAAAGUGUACGCCACUCAUCGUAGCUAUCAAUUUUGUAGCUCAACAAUCGCGGAAGAUCCAUAUCGUAGAAUUGUUGCUACUUCACGGUGCUGAUCCAAAUAUACCGGACGUGGAUGGCCGAACAGCCUCUACCGCCGCGAAGAAUGCAGGGUUAGCAGGCGAAGAGAUCAAAAGUUUGUUGAGUUUCUUUCCACCCAAGAGAAGAAGCGCAGCCACCAUAAGCUUCCCACGAAGCUCGGGCAGUGAGAGGAGGAAGUCGUCGAAUAGUAGUGGACACACAAUUUAG